CCGUCCCGGGCAGCUAAGGCCCUGGCUCCGGGAGACUGGAGUUGCGGCCUCUGUUACCGCCGAGGACCUGGAGGGCGGGGCGGGUUGGGCGCGUGCCGGCGCACCCCGGCCUGGGAAGAGCGGCCUCGGGCCUGGGCGUGUGGUGGGCGGCGGAGGCCUGGCUCCCUGCAGAACUCCUGCGCAGCCUCUUUUUCUCGACUUCAUUACCGGGCCCAGAGGUUCCUGACGCAGACAUCCUGCCGCUUUCUCCCUGCUGCUCACCAUUCAUCAAGGAUUUUGUAUCCAAGGUUCAAAAGUUUGUUACCCAAGAUGAUGAAUGCUGACAUGGACGCAGUUGAUGCUGAAAAUCAGGUGGAACUGGAGGAAAAAACACGACUUAUUAAUCAAGUGUUGGAACUUCAACACACACUUGAAGAUCUCUCUGCAAGAGUUGAUGCAGUUAAGGAAGAAAAUCUGAAGCUAAAAUCAGAAAACCAAGUUCUUGGACAAUAUAUAGAAAACCUCAUGUCAGCUUCUAGUGUUUUUCAAACAACUGACACAAAAAGCAAAAGAAAGUAAGGGAUUGAUAUCCCUUUAUGGAAUUGCUGCUGAUCAUUUCUGUAAAACUUGGAUAGAUUCCAAAAGUUACAGUACUUUUGUUUGUGGCUUCAUUGAAUAUUUAUGAAGAUAAUGUCAGAUCUAGGCAAAAUUAACAGCAUUAACAGGAGACUUCCAUAAGUUUGUAUAUUAGUCUAUGAAAAUGUGCAGAUGUACUGUAGGAACUUUAUAAUUAGAAUUGCAUAUAUUUAUGAAACUUGAAAAUGAAUGUUUUAACGAAUUUGCUUUUAUUUAUAGGUUUAGCACUGUCUUUUAAUAUAGGUUUAGUAAAAUAUACAAGAAAAUAAUCACCAUGUUGUGAAAAAGUGACCAAAAUCAGUAUUGAAUGCACAGCUUUAUGUACUCUGUCCACCAUUGUGUGCCUCUUCUCCAUUGGCUUCUUCCUUCCCAUUUCCCUUCCUUUAAGGAAACAAUUGGUUUCACAUUUAUGAAAGUAAUUUUAAUAGUUAAUCACCUACGAGAGUAACCUGAACUUUAAUUGUUGAAACUUAAUGAAAAUAAGCUACUUUCUCAGCUAGAGCUUGUCAUUUGUGAUAUUCAGUAAUAAGAUAGGAUUGCUGGUUUCUCUUUAACAAUUGAAAACAGAAGGAAGCUACAAAAAGGAAAAUUUUUUCUUUGAAAUGGAAUUGCCAAACUGGGAAGACUUUUUGUUAAAAACUUGAUUUUGCACAAAAUAACCCACUUAGUAUCUGAAAAGAUAUGAGUUCUGGUCAUGUGUGUGUUUAAAAUAGAAAAUCUUGAGGAAAAAUAGGAAUAGAAUGGAAAAGUACAUGAUAAACAACAGGAACCAACUCCAAACAUUUUCACUCCAGGUUUGUCUUAUCUCUGACACAGAGUAGAUCUUUUGGAGAAUGCAAGGUCACAGAAAGAUUAAUAUUAUCUUUUAAUAUCAUUUUUUACACAAAGUUUUUGAAGCACCUUUCAAAUGGAUUAACUACAUGAAAAUGGAUUGUUUGACUAACCUUAUGUAAGCCACAUCUUUUAAGAGAACAGUUACAGAGAGUUUGGUCUCAAGGUUUUUUACUCAGCAGAUCAACGUUUUUUACAAAAUUGCUUGAGUGGAUUAGUAUCCGAAUCAUGAAUAAAAUGGGAGAGUUUAACAUAAUAGUAAUUUAUAAUCUCCCUCAGUAUUUUAUCUCAUUUGUUCUCCCAGGUUUUUCUGUAAACUUGACUAUUGGUUUGUAGAAUUUUAGUCAUCCUUUAACAGAUUUAAAUAAUUUAGUUUAUAGAUUCUAUUUGGUAAGGGAAUCAAUAUCAGAAGUAAUGUUAAAAUAUUAUAAUAGGAAAAGAGAUCCACUGUUAUAGCUUAUGGUUAUUAGAUUUGGACUUUUAAUCAUGGAAUAAUCUUAUGUAUUGGUGUAAGAUUUGAUGAAUGAAGUUAUCUGUAUGAAUAUAUACUAGUUGUACUGCAAACAUUUUGCAUCCCUUUUG